AAGUAUACUGCGCAGUAAUCAGAUUCAUAAUCUUACAUCUUAAUAAAUCUUAUUAUACUAUCUUUGUUUAAACUAUUAGUGUGUCAUGUGAAAUAAGUAAUCGUAAUGAUAAAUGAGUGUAAUCGUAAUCUUAAAACAUUGUUGUAUGAUUAGACUAAAGUGUGAGUUAAUAAAGUAGUAACGUAAAGUAGAACCAAGUUUUAUUUAGCAACCGAUAGCAUAAUCAGUAAUUAUAAGCUGUAAUGUCCCGAAAAUGAAGGAGCAGUUUUACAAUUCAGAAGUGGGAUGAUGAAAAAAAGACGCCUUUAAAUUACCUGAUCACAUACUGUAAGUAAUAAUUGGGGCUCUCGGUUGCGACUCACAAGAGGCCCUAUGCAAGGUUUGUGACUUUCUUAUCCAAGUGAUAUUUUUAACUCUUUGAGAACUUUUAUGGUGUUGUGUGUAAUACACUAUAAAUAAGUGUUAUCCUUUCCUGACAAAUAAUUUGGUGAGAAUUUUGAUAGUGGCAAGUGGUAAAAGUUCAAGAAUCAUUAAAAAUAUAGUGACCUCUUAAGAUUUGGGUAUUAAUUUAUAGUUAAGCCAAAGCUUUAUACUAGCAUUAUAAAUGUCUUACUGCAAUUUAUGAUUCUUCAAUAAAUAAUUGGUACAUUUGUUUACUUGAUACUCAUGUUUUGUAUUUUUAUGUUUUGGUAAAUAUUUUGUGUUUUGGUAAAUAUAACUCAUAAAUAGUCAUAUUUGAACCCUAACCUGCCUAACAGUUGUUUAAAUAUAGAAAAGCAUAGGUACUCUGUAUAGUUUUAAAGUAGAAUAGGGUUUUAUGUUGUAAUAUUAGUUAUUGUAUAAUUAGUUAAAUUUAACACUACUUAUUAAGAACACAUUUAUGAAACAGUUUAUUAGGAAAAUAUUUUUAUAGGAAUAGUAGAGUACAUUAAGGCUUUUGUUUAUAUAAUAUUAGUACAGGUAUUAGGAUUAAUGAAUAUAUGCUGAAUCACAUUUAAAUAAGAUUACUGAAGUACUAAAGUGAGAUUAAUUUGUCAAAACUAGGAAAAUAUAAUAUUUUUAUUAUCGGUGGCCAUGGGUCGUUCUAGAAAACAUAAGCGGCAUUUAAAACACAAAAAGCAUUAUUCGUCAAGUGAUUCUGACAGUAGUAGCUCCUCAUCGACUAGUGAAUCAGGCAGUGAUGGCUAUUCGAAGAAGAAACUUAAAUAUAAUCAACACUCCAGAAAAGGCAAAACGGAUAAUAAGAAGAAACAUAGUAGAUGUUUUGUUAAAGAGAAAAGUAUUUUGCACAUCUUGAACGCCGUGGCAACUCCACGGGCGAACGGCCAAAUAGAAAGAUACAACAGGACUAUUGUUAACGCUUUGACAGCUACUAACCAUGGAAGACCGGAUAGUGAAUGGGACACACACAUAUCAAAAGUGCAAUGGGGCCUUAAUAAUACGAUUAACCAAGCUACAGGAAAGUCAGCUUCCGAAGUUUUGUUUGGAGUCGCUCCAACAGGAUCUUCUGAAGCCAUGAUGAAUUCAGUAGUAGCUGACUCUGUGGAGAUUAUGAACCGUGAAGAAAUAAGGCAACAUGUGGAAUUAAAAAUAGCACAAGAUCAACAAAAGCAAAAAGCCCGUUUUGACAAAUCUCGCAAAAAGGCCAAGAUUUACCAAGUAGGCGAUCUAGUGAGAGUUGAGAGAGAAAUAAAUAGCCAUACUGGACAGAGUAAAAAGUUGCAACCAAAAUGUAGUGGACCGUACAGAGUAUCGAAAGUUUUAGGCAAUGACAGAUAUGAAAUUAUUGAUACACCUAUUACAAAAAGAGAAGGAAAACCAGUGUAUAAAAAUGUAUUUGCUGUCGAUAAAAUUCAUCCGUGGCUUGUCUUUUCAAAUGACCUCAUGGAAACCGAUUCAGAAAGCGAAUGAAUGUUUCUUUUAUAAAUUUUGAUAGUAUUUUUCACUUCUUUUUUUCUUUCAUAUUAAAGUAAGUAGUCAGCAAAUUAUGGAAUAUCAAUAUAAAUAACAAUUUCUAAUUCCACCCAUUUUUGUUUGUAAAACGGCUAAUGAGAUAUCACUCCCUUUAAUGUUAAUAUAUAACAAAUCUUUACAGGCAGGAGUUUUCCCAUCGGUUUGGAAGGAUUCUAGUAUUGUCCCCGUAUUUAAAUGUAAUGAUAAAUCAAUUGUAUCUAACUAUAGGCCAAUAGCUAUUUUGUCUGUUCUUGCAAAGGUUUUUGAGGCUCUGAUUUGUCCUAUUUUGUCUUGGCAUCUGAAACAGUAUUUGUCGAACAACCAACAUGGAUUUAUGAAGGGGAGAUCUACGGCUUCUAACUUAGUAUCAUAUGUUGAAUCACUUGUCGGGGCCGUUGAUUCUCGCGUACAGGUGGAUGCGGUAUAUACAGACUUCAGCAAAGCUUUUGAUACAGUAAAUCAUGGUAUAUUGUUGGAAAAACUACAAUUAUAUGGAGUUACAGGACCUCUGCUAGGGUGGUUUGCAUCAUAUCUGACUGAUAGAGAGAUGAAAGUUGUAUUGAACGGUAUUUGCUCAAGUCCUUAUGCUGCAUCGUCUGGAAUCCCGCAAGGAUCCCAUUUGGGGCCCUAUCUUUUCACAUUAUUUAUGAAUGAUAUUGAACAGUGUUUCCAAAACUCUGAAGCACACUUAUUUGCUGAUGACCUUAAAGCUAUUAAAAUGUUCAGGAAUCAGGGGGACAUCUUGCUGUUUCAAAGUGAUCUGGAUAGGCUUGCAGAUUGGUGUGACCGAAACAAAAUGUCUUUAAAUAUAAAAAAAUGCAAGCAUAUCAGAUUCACCAGAAACAGAGGGAUCGUCAAUUCUAGAUAUAGUAUAUAUAAUGAAUUGCUUGAAGAAGUUCAUGUAAUUAAAGACCUAGGCAUUCAGAUGGAUCCAAAACUUAAAUUUGAUUUACAUAUAAAUGACUGUGUACUAAAAGCAUCAAAGAUGCUUGGGUUUGUGCUAAGGGAGAGUGGGAAUUUUAAAAAACCAGCCACAAAAAUAAUAUUGUACAACUCACUAGUAAGGAGUCACUUGGAGUAUUGCAGUGUAGUUUGGUCACCCAGUUACAGAAUACAAAUAGACCGCAUUGAAAAAGUACAAAAAAGGUUUCUGUGGCACUUGACUCGUAGCUGUAAUAUGGCCAGGACGCUCAAGUCAUAUGAAGAAAGACUGUCUCAUUUUAAAAUCCCAUCAUUGGAAACGAGAAGAAAAAUUAUUGAUUUAUUGUUCUUAAAGAAAUUGGUGACUGGAUUUUUGGACUGUCCCGAUCUUCUUAGUAAGAUAAAUUUUAAUGUACCGCAUCGGUUGCCUAGAUCCUGUAAUAGCAAAUUAUUUGUUGCACCUCAAGGUCGAACUAAUUUAAGAUCACAUUGUUCCUUAACAAGAAUGUUUGCAUUAUAUAAAGAAUACCAAAGCAGAAUAGACCUAUUCUCAACCUCGAUGGCUGGCAUCAAAAAAGUAGUUAUCGGCGAUUAAGGCUAAGGUGUAAUGGAAGUUUCUUCAUUAUUAAUUUAAAUUAAAAUUUUAUUGGAGUUAAAUUGUACCUAUGUACUGUUGUACAAUCAACGUAAAGUCUCUUUUUUUAUGCAUGUGGUGCCCUCCUAUAAGUAAUGGGACAUUUAGUUUUAAUAAUUGUGAUGCCAUUCCAUAUGUAUGUAACAGUGUACUCAUUGUUGUGAGAGCCU